AAUAUAAAGAUGAUAGAUAUUGUAGUGGUUGGCAGGCUAUGGGGGUGUAUGGAAAUUGGACAUCGUAAUGUCAUUCUCUUCUAGGAAAUAUUAAUAUAACUCUGGAAGUUCCAUCAUACAUCUUGAGAGUAUUUAUAUGAGGAGAUGCAACCCUUAUUGACUCAGACUACAGAGGAACCAAAACAAAGACAGGUCAAACGCCAGACUUUCGACAUCUCAAAUCAUCAUGAAGACUACCUGCUUGGCUCUUGGGUUAUUGCUGCUGACAGUAUCCCAGUCCUAUGCUAUCCCUCUUGGACUGGAGUCAUCACCUGACAGCUGCUGUUUCAGCUUCUCCAAAAUUAGAGUGCCCCCCAAGAAGAUCGACUCCAUCCAGAGAACUCACAGUGGAUGCCCCCGACCAGCUUUUGUGGUCAGAACUGUUGAGGGCAGAGUGAUUUGCUUCCAGUCAAGUGUGCCGUGGGUACAGAAAGCCUUCAACCGGGUCAAGCAGCCAGCAGCUGUGGCCACAAGUAGCGGCAUUGAGGGUUCCAGUUAUUCUUGAUAACCUCCUCAUCAUGACUCAAGCCUCACAAGACUAUAUAGUCAUCAACAUGCAAGCAAUGCAUUCUAAGUGACAUGUUUAUCACUUAGAAUGCAGCAAUUACUAUUUUGCGACAUAUGGAAUUGGGGAAGGAGUGUUGGUGUACACACCUUUUUGUUUAUGUGAAUACUGUAUGUGAGAAUCCACUGCUUAAAUAAAAUGAGAACAUUUGACUUAAACAUAAGUCUCAUCUUUAAUAUAAUAAUGUACAGUUAGAUAGAGAACAGAUGAUAAAAUGAAGAACCAAAUAAAGCUGAAAACAGUGUACAUAUAAAAAAACAAUACAAAAAAACCAAACUCCUCCUAAAGUUAUGACUACCUUGGUGGGGGGUUUCUAGGAUAAGGGAUUGGUUAAAGUACUAUUUAAAAAAGGUUUGUUUCAGAACUUCGCUCAACUGAGCCUUUUACUGACCAGUGUAGGUUGGGUCAAAGGUUGUCCUCUGUUAAUUCACAGUGAUUUUGAGUUUGUGUUCAGUUGUGAAUUAUAUAACAAUUGAGUCAUUUCCAUUAUGAAUGUAAACCAGAGAAGAAGUACAGGGGUUAGAUACUAGAUGUGUGUUGUCUGCGUCGGUCCCUUUUGCAUGGCUUCGAUGCAUCUGUUAAGAUUCUACAGGUUUGUAAAAUCAAGACUAGGCUAAAAUAUUGGCUUAUGAACCACUUACUGUAAUGAUCCUACUGGGUUUAAGAAAUCUUAGUUCUCCAACCAUACAUUAUAUAUUAAAAUAAAACUUGACGAUCCUCAGAGAGGUAAGGGCUUUGAGGUGUCACACAGUGUGGCUUAGUGUUAGUCUCACCAUGCGUUUGGGACAAACCCAUGCAUAUAGAGGUUUCAGCACAGUCUUUAGAACAGAGGACGAGACGGGGAGAGAGAGAGGAUGGGGAGAGAGAGAGAGAGGACGAGACGGGGAGAGAGAGAGAGAGGACGAGACGGGGAGAGAGAGAGAGAGGACGAGACGGGGAGAGAGAGAGAGAGGACGAGACGGGGAGAGAGAGAGAGAGGACGAGACGGGGAGAGAGAGAGAGGGACGAGACGGGGAGAGAGAGAGAGAGGACGAGACGGGGAGAGAGAGAGGACGAGACGGGGAGAGAGAGGACAAGGGAUAGAUAGGGCUUUAGGUUCAGGGCUUCCACAAAAUCCAUCACUUCACAUAAAACAUUGUCACGGUUAUCAUUGUUUUAGACACCCAUGCGAUUUGUGUAAUAUCAUCUAUAUAAUAGGGAAAUGAUUAUCUACUUCAGUAUCCAGAUAAUGUUGCUAUAACACUGACAAUUUUCCUGUUAACGUUACAUGUGUGUUCUAUUAGUAAAAAUCGGAGGCACACACACACACACACACACACACGAGAUAGGUCAUCCCUUUUCCUGAACCUGGCAUAUUCAUCUUGACUUUUCACUGUCAUCAUUCCACACAAUUAUUUUCCUUUUUUCUUAUACUCUCUGACCUGACUCAAACCCUUAAUGACCACCUACAUUGUCCCCCCCUGGACACACACUCCAAAGUGUGGUGUUUAACAUGCACAUGUACCAGGUGUUCGGGGAAUUUCAGACUGUAUAUGAUUAUGUGUUUACACAUGUCACAAUAGAGUGUGCUUGCGAAUAGUCUAAGACUUGAGCUGCCUGUACUGGAAGAAACAGGCGAGUUAAGUGGCCAGAGCAGCAUCUAGAAAACAGUCUGUAGUACACUUGUGUAAAGGAUGACUAUGCAUGGUGCCUGCCAUGUGUAAAACUCAGAUCAGAGGGACAUCAUUUCCUCCAUGUCAAGAAUAGGCAUUGACUUUCACAUUCACAUGCAUUCCCACAUAAAAAGGUUAAGGUUUUGGCAGAGACUCCAAGAGAGCGAUGUGGCUGUGUGUGUGUUGUAUGUACUGUAUGAGAGUGAGUAAUUGGGGUGUGUUGUAUGUACUGUAUGAGAGUGAGUAAUUGGGGUGUGUUGUAUGUACUGUAUGAGAGUGAGUAAUUGGGGUGUGUUGUAUGUACUGUAUGAGAGUGAGUAAUUGGGGUGUGUUGUAUGUACUGUAUGAGAGUGAGUAAUUGGGGUGUAUUGUAUGUACUGUAUGAGAGUGAGUAAUUGGGGUGUAUUGUAUGUACUGUAUGAGAGUGAGUAAUUGGGGUGUAUUGUAUGUACUGUAUGAGAGUGAGUAAUUGGGGUGUGUUGUAUGUACUGUAUGAGAGUGAGUAAUUGGGGUGUGUUGUAUGUACUGUAUGAGAGUGAGUAAUUGGGGUGUGUUGUAUGUACUGUAUGAGAGUGAGUAAUUGGGGUGUGUUGUAUGUACUGUAUGAGAGUGAGUAAUUGGGGUGUGUUGUAUGUACUGUAUGAGAGUGAGUAAUUGGGGUGUAUUGUAUGUACUGUAUGAGAGUGAGUAAUUGGGGUGUACUGUAUGAGAGUGAGUAAUUGGGGUGUAUUGUAUGUACUGUAUGAGAGUGAGUUAGUGAUGUGUGAGGUCCAUGUCUGACAUGUACUACAAGAGAAACAUACAUUUGGAAUGUUGGUAUGGAAUGUCUACUAUAGUACAAUAUGUGUGUGUGUGUGUGUGUGUGGUGUGGUUUGCGGGUUACAGAUCGUGUGACCAUCUAAAAGGAUGUAAAAACAAGUUUGUAAUAUUUCAUUGGAGGAAUAGGU